AUGAGCGCAUCCACUCCACCCACUGAGACCCCGGCGCCUGACAGCCCGCCCUGUCCAACUCAGCCCACCUACAGCAACCUUGGAGAGGUCCGUGCCCACCUGUUGCCCUCCAAGGCCUGCCGCCCCCGACCCCCUGGGUCCCACCCCACUGACCUGCAUUCCCUGGCCCCACCCCUGCCCAAGAAGACCCUAACCCGGACCCAGUCUCUGCCCACCCGAGGAGCCCCGAGCCCCAGCUCCACCCGAGCAGGGCAGCCUCGGAGGCCCCUUCUGGGGUCCAACAGCAUAGAGGACAGCCAGGUAGAGGCCAGGCCAGCCUGUCCCCCUGAAGAGCUGGCCUCCUUCCUCCCUGAUGUCACUCGGGGCCUCUUCCACGAUCUGCACCACCCAGGGACCGUGCAUGCGGCACUAGCAGCCCGGCAGCUGCAGGGCCUCCGUGCCAUCCAUGCCCGGCUCAGUGCCCGGCUCAUGGGGGGCCGCCCUGGCCCCUGGCACCCUGGCCAUGGCUUCCGCCUCCUGGACAGUUCACCCUGCGUGGAGAGCGGGGACGCCCUGUACUACCGCGUGGUGCGGGUGGAGGAGGAGGCAUGGCACAUCCUGGCUGCCAAGGUGCCCAAGCCCGGAGCUGAGGUGACCCCCCCGCGGGGCCAGGAGCUGCAGGCCUCGCUGCCCCCCCACUUCAACCUCCAGGGGCUGUGUGGCUUGGUGCCCAAGGGUGCACUGCCGGCUGCACCCUGGAGAGGCUCUGCCACGCUGGUGGCCGAGGUGCCUGAGCGCACGGUGGCCCAGUGGCUGGCGGAGGUCGGCGGACGGGGGCCGGCAGAGUUCGUGUGGGUCGUGGCCCUGCUGUUCCUGCAGCUGAGCACUGCCCUGGAGCUCCUGGAGGCACGGGGCGCGGUCCUGAUGCAGCUGCGGCCCGAGAACCUGCUGCUGGCGGCACCGCGGGGAUGCCAGGCUGCGAGCCCCCCACGCCUGCUGUUGGCAGACUUUGGUCGCAUCCGCUGGCUGUCCCCGGGAACCCCUGGCGCCCAUGCCCAGCAGCUGGGCUGCCUGCUCCGUGAUAUGCUCGGCCCCGCCGCGCCCUCAGCCUCACCCCUGGCCACUGGCCUGGAGCGCCUGGCGGCCCAGCUGCCCCAAUUGCAGCCCACCGCGGCCCAAACGCGGGGCGCAUUGCAGGCGCUGCUCUGGGGGCCUGGGCCUGAGCUGCGUUGCCACGGAACACCGCUGGGAUCCUGGCUGCAGGUGCGCCGCGCACUGCUGCUCCUGCACCUGGCUGAGCGGGCCGCGGGGGGGGAGGUGCCUGGCCUGGAGGACUGGCUGUGCUGUGAAUACCUGGCUGAGGCCACCGAGGCCUCGCUGAGCCAUGCCCUAGCACUACUGUGGGACUGA